GUGCAGCGAGCGGGGGUCCCUCCUGGAGGGAGCGGACCUGGGCUGGGUAGGAGGGCGGAAGAAACUGCCUUGGAGGUGCUGUGCUGAACUGGCUGGGUCACGUGAGGUUGCAGGUUAGGGCUGGGGAGGGGGCGAUAGGGACUGUGCUUGAGUGAUGGUUUCCUUAGGAUGUCCCCUGCGGUCCAGGUCCAAAUCCGGCUUGGUCUUCUGGGACAGGAGAGCUUCCCGGUAUCGCGGAGUAGUUGAUAGUGAAGUCCAGGAUUGCAAACUAAUGAUGGUCAGCUGACUGCCUGCUCCUGAGGUGGAGCUGGGAGCUCAGUGAGCAGCUCUGGUGGGGAAGCAUGCUUCUCUAGCUGAGCCAUCUCACAUGGACGCUGUCAGAUUUCUCAGUGUCUGUAGAGCAAACGGGGUCUGGUCCGUCCUGAACUCUGUAGCCGCCUAGUGUAACGGUCUUGAGGUUUUGAUCGCGGUCAUUUUCUCUGCCGGUUAAAUAAGCAAGAGAGGAAAAUUUUGAGGCGAAACCUGAAAGGCCAUUGAAAUGCUGUCCUUCUGGGAUGUGGCCAUUGAGUUCUCUGCAGAAGAGAGGGAAUGCCUGGAUCCUGCUCAGUGGAAUUUGUAUAGGGAUGUGAUGUUGGAGAAUUACAGCAACCUUGUGUUCCUUGGUCUUGCUGGGUCUAAGCCACACCUGGUGACAUUUUUGGAGCAAAGAGCAGAAUCUUCAGAUGUGAAGAGACAAGCAGCAGGCAGCAUGCAGCGAGGAACAGAACCCAAUGAUUAUACCAUUUACAACAAGGCCAUUGACUGUAACUCACUAAUUAUGCAAAGCCAGAGAAUUCAUACAAGGGAGAAACCCUACAAGUGUGAAGAAUGUGGAAAGGGCCUAAGUUCUCAUAAAGCACUUUCCAUACAUAAGAGACUUCAUACUGGCGAAAAGUCUUAUAUGUGUAGAGAAUGUCAUAAAACCUUCAAUACUCGCUCAUCACUUUUUAUACACCAGAAAAAUCAUACUGAUGAGAAAUCCUACAAGUGUGGAGAAUGUGGCAGAUUAUUUUAUUAUCCUUCAAUGCUGAAGCAACAUCAAAGAAUUCAUUCUGGAGAGAAACCCUACAAGUGUGAAGAAUGUGGCAAAGCUUUUUGUGAUCCUUCAUUCCUGAAGCAUCAUCAAAGAAUUCAUUCUGGAGAGAAACCCUACAAGUGUGAAGAAUGUGGCAAAGCUUUUUGUUAUCCUUCAUUCCUGAAGCAUCAUCAAAGAAUUCAUUCUGAAGAGAAUCCAUGCAAGUGUAAAGAGUGUGGCAAAAGGUUUUCCCAUUAUGCAUCCCUUCAGAGACAUCGUAGAAUUCAUAAUGGAAAGAGAUCAUACAAGUGUAAUGAAUGUCACAAAACCUUUCUUUAUCACUCAGGACUUAAGGACCACAAGGUAUUUCAUACAGGAGAGAAACCAUACAAGUGUGAAAAGUGUGGCAAAUGUGUUUGCUCAGCUUCAUCCCUUAGACGACAUCAAAUUAUUCACUAUGAAGUCAACCCUUACAAGUGUGAAGAGUGUGGCAGACGUUUUAACUCAUAUUCAUCACUUAGAGGACAUCAAAUUAUCCAUUCUGAAGUAAAUCCUUAUACGUGUUUGCAGUGUGGCAAACGAUAUUCCUGUUCUAGGAAUCUUCAGGAACAUCAAACACUUCAUACUGGAGAGAAACCCUACAAGUGUGAAGAAUGUGGUAAAGCCUUUCGUUAUCACUCAGGCUUUAGGAGACACAAGACGGUUCAUACUGGAGAGAAACCCUUCAAGUGUGAAGAAUGUCACAAAGCCUUUUAUUAUGUCUCAAGCCUUAGGAGACACAAGAGGGUUCAUACUGGGGAGAAACACUUCAAGUGUGAAGAAUAUCACAAAGCCUUUUAGUAUCUCUCAGGCCUUAAGAAACAUGAGAGAGUUCAUACUGAAGAGAAACCCUAAAAGUGUGAAGAGUGUGAAAGAUGUUUUUUUUUUCAUCAUUAUCCCUUAGACAACAUAAAAAAGAAAAGGAAAUUCAUUCUGAAGACAAUCCCUAAAAGUGUGGGGAAUGUGACAAAAACUUUGUUAAUCUUUAUAUCCUUUCUCAACACAUGAUAUAGUUCAUAUGAGAGAGAAAUCCUACCAAUGUCCUAAAAAGUUUACUUCUUCGACUCUUAAAAUACAUCAAAUGGUUCAUUCUGACUACAAACUCCAUGAGUAUGUGAAGUGUGGUAAAAUAUUUACUAACAAUUCUCAUCUUAUUCAACUCAAAGGAUUCCAUAAUAAAGAAUAUUAAUUAUUUUGAAUGUUAACAUGAACACCUAACUUCCAAUAGCAAAAAUGCUAAGAACGUCAUCAGAGAACAGUAGAGACUUCUCUUGGCUGUAACCUCCAACAGUUUGUUCAAGCAAUGUGUUUGAAACUUGCCUUGAUUCAUGAGUCUCUUUCUUCUGUAACUAUAAAUGUUCCAUAAAAACUUUACCAUGCAUGUCCAUUGGGUGCCUGGAGUCUGAGAUCUAGGCUGUGGCAUAGUUAUUGUUUAUUUUCCCAGUGGAGUCAUCGAAGCUCCUGUAAUAUCUCCCCUUGGUGUGUAAGAAUCUCUGUCUCUCUGAGCUAGUAGGUGUUCACAAGUAUUUGGCUCCUGAAUCCUUAUUGGUAAAAUAAAAGCAUAAUGACUUAGUUAAAACUACACGAAAUCUCUUCCAGUCUAAGGCCUCAGCAGCAAGGCAGCAGCUACAGCUGAAGAAAUAAAGUCAUCAGCUGAGGCAGAGAUAAUCUCAGGUGCACAUGCUGUGCCUUAGAUAAAAAACUACAGUGCCUGUAGAGCAAUAAUGGCAGGAAAGUUGUGAGAAGAACCAAUUAUUUUCUGAUUGGAUUUAAUGCUUAUUCCACAAACAGUAACCAAUGUGAUAUUAAUUUGGUGAUAUAUUUUUGCCUGGCUAGGGGGUAAGCCCUAGGGAAAAUUUAAUGCUGUUAUUCUAGUAAGUGGAUAAUAACUAAAUGAACUCUAGUUCUCAUCUUUAUUUCAGAGAGUCAUGAUCCCACAUUCUCCUAUUUAUCCCUGCAGUGGUAUUGUAUUCCUCGAAAUAUUGUGCACGCUGAUAUCUGGUGUCAGAGAAGAGGAC